AUGAUCCCGUUCUACAAGCCUGUACCGGCAGCGCCUGGGGUCUUCCAGGGUCAGCCUCUUCCUGAAGCCAAAGCUAAUAUAGUGUCUCGUAUCCUAUACCACUGGGCUACUCCAGUCAUGCGUGCUGGCUACUCCCGGCCCCUCGAGCCUGAUGAUCUGUGGAGCUUGACUGGCGACCUCGAGUGUAAAAAUAUCGCCGAUCAGCUACGGGCUAAUUUGCUCAAACGCACCCCUCCGUCAAAACGCGUAUCACCGUCACAUCCAUCUCCAUCAUCAGCCUCGUACCCCCGUCCCCGGCAUCAGCGAACCACCUCUCGCAACAGCCAUGGGCGAUAUUCCACAUCCUCAUCGAGAGCGUACUUCAAGCAGGCGCGGGAGAGUAUGUUUACGAUCGAUGGUGCUGAAGGCUAUGCGGUGUCCCACGACUCGGCACAUCUUUUGACGAUGGUGGAUGAAUCCGAGGAGGAUACGAGGCUGCUGUCCAAAGACAAGGAGGAGAGUGAAGGAGAUAUCGUGAAAAGGUAUGGGAAGAAGAAGGCGAAGAGGAUCGAAGACGGCGAGCUCGCGGUGGAGGAUGGCAAAGAGUACGAUAUGAGCUUGAUCAAGGCCAUGUACGCUACGGUCUGGUGGGCGUGGUGGAAAGCCAUAAUCAUGAAAGGGUGUGCUGCCGCUUUACAAGUCACAUCGCCUCUCCUCACAAAGAUCCUCAUCGAGCAGCUCACAACCGCACAUCAAUACUACACCGGCCAAUCGUCAGACCAGCCCAAAUCCAUUGGGUACGGGAUCGGAUUGUCUUUCGCGCUGUUUGCUAUGGUGCAGGCUGCAAGCUUGUUUUCGUAUCAGGCGUUGCAGAGAGGGUCUGUGAUUGGCUUUAUGAUGCGCGCUGCAUUGAUCGAUCUGAUCUCUCGCAAAUCGAUGAAGCUGUCAAGCUCCGCCAAAGUCGAGAUGACUUCCGGCAAAUUGACCACCAUGGUAUCGGCAGACGCCUCCUUCCUCGACUUUUCGGCGCCAAUGACGUUGGAUCUAGUUGUGCAGCCCGUCCAGAUUUUGGUUGGUUUAGGGCUGCUCAUAUGGACUUUGGGAUACUCUGCUCUCGUCGGUCUAGCGGUCCUUGCUCUAGCAGGUCCUCUCCAAGCUUUCAUGUUCACCCUCAUGGUCCGCACCCGUAUCACCCAGCUCACCCACGUCGACGCUCGUGUCCGGCUUCUCUCUGAAACCAUUACCUCCAUCCGCGCUGUCAAGCUUUUUGCCUACGUCGCCUAUUUCUCGAACAAAGUCACCGAGCUGAGGAAGAAGGAGUUGAUAUAUCUGAGGAAGAAUGGAUUUAAUCGGGCGAGUAUGAAUGCUACGAUGGCGGUGAUACCGACAUUGGCUGCUGUUCUGACGUUUGUGACGUACGGUCUCACUGGUCAUGCCCUUACUCCAUCGAUCAUCUUCUCCGGCCUCCAAUACUUCAACGUUCUCAAAACACCUAUCGCCUUCCUGCCCAUGUGCUUCACCGCCGUCUCCGACGCUCUCGUCGGUAUCGGACGUAUCGGCAAGCUGCUGCGGAGCGAGGAGUUGCCGGAAGGAGUCAAUGUGAGGGCGGAAUCGAAGUGGGCUGUGGAUGUGAGGGGAGAUUAUCAGUUUGAGAAGCUUCUCGUCGAGAAGAAAGAGGAGGCGGGGUCACAGGACGAAAAGAAGGAAGAGGAGACGCCGUUCAUGCUGAAGGGGGUCGAUAUGAGGAUACCCAGGGGCGCGUUGGUGUGUGUUGUAGGGAGGGUGGGAAGUGGUAAGAGUGCGCUGUUGGCUGGCUUGAUCAAUGAGAUGAAGCAGGUACAGGGGCAUACGAUCUUCGGAGGGUCUGUGAGCUAUGUACCACAACACCCAUGGAUUCAUUCGGGGACCGUUCGGGAUAACAUCACCUUUUCUUCAAGACCCGAGGAGAUUGAUUGGGCUAGGUAUAAUGAGGUCGUCGAUGCUUGCGCUCUUCGAUCCGACAUUCAUGCCAUGGCAAACGGUGAUCUAACCAACGUCGGCGAGAAAGGUCUUCUCUUGUCGGGCGGCCAACGCCAGCGCAUAUCCCUUGCUCGAGCCGCAUACCACCCUUCCUCCAUCAUCCUCCUCGACGAUCCCCUCUCUGCCGUCGAUGCCCAUGUCGCUCAUCAAAUCCUCUCGGACUGCAUCUUCUCCGGCCCACUCGCCAAGCGUACCAGGAUCAUGGUCACCCACCAGCUGGAUCUAUUGCCGAAAUCGGACUGGAUAGUCGUUAUGGAGAACAAUGGGCAUGGAGUGGGAAGAGUGGGACAGAUGGGCAGCUGGGAAGGGUUGAAGGGACGGGGAAUGUUGGGUGAGAUGACGAAAGAAAUGCAGGCGAAGAGAGAAGACUUUCGAACGCCGACACCAUCGCCCUCAGCUGCACGACACCCAAUCUCGCCAGUCAAGCCGAGUACGAACGAAAAGACGGACGACACGAUGGAAGAAGAUCGACAAACUGGGACGAUCCCUUGGUCGGUGUAUACAAUCUAUCUCAGGGCUAUGGGCACACCCCUUUGGGGCAUCGUCUUUGGCUUGUUCUUGAUUUUGACCCAGGUGGCGAGCGUUGGGAAUAGUUUGCUGUUGGGCUUUUGGUCUUCCAAUAGCUGGGGUCUGAGUCAAGGCGAGUAUAUGGCCAUAUAUGGCGCAUUAGGCAUUGCCAUUGGGCUUUUCACUUUUGGAGCCUCGUAUACCAUGUUCCUUGCCGGUCUCCGAUCGUCGUAUACGUUAUUUGCUAAAGCCUGGAAACACGUUAUGAGGGCGCCUAUGCGAUGGCAUGACCAGACUCCGAGCGGGAGAAUCAUCAACAGACUGUCGAAAGACAUUGAGAUGCUCGAUGAUAGGAUGGCAUUCGCAUGGGAGACACUGCUGGUGAAUGGCUUAGCUGCUGUCGGUACUUUUGCUCUCAUUCUGUAUGUCUACCCAUGGCUCGGGCUGGCUUUCAUCCCUCUUAUUGUAUUUUAUUACAUUGCCGGUGGAUACUAUCGGCAAACCUCCCGUGAAGUAAAACGUAUUGACUCAAAUACAAGAUCGCAUAUCUACAGUUCGUUUGGAGAGCAGCUUGAAGGGUCCUCUGUGAUACGCGCUUUCGGAAAACAAAACAUCUUCGAAAAGAGGAUGCAGAGUGCUAUCAACGUACAAGGUGCAUUCCCACAAUUUGCGUAUAAGUCUCUGCUAACAACUUGUAGAUGGCUAGGUGUCCGCCUUGACUUCUCCUCCAAUCUCCUCAUUCUUCUCAUCGCAAUCGUCGGUACUGUGCUUCGUGACACCGUCGACCCGUCAUCGUUCGGAGUCGUCUUUUCAUACGCUCUUGCAGCCGCAGCAAUGUUUUCGAAUUUGGUCUCUCUGUAUGCUCAAGUCGAGCUUGAAAUGAACAAUGCCGAGCGCAUCAUCCAUUACACCUCUCUCCCAACCGAACCUCUCGCCAUAUCACCUCUAGACUCUCGCGACUGGCCUUCGAGAGGCGCUGUGGAUUUCCACAAUCUCUCUCUGAGAUACUCUCCUAUUGGACCUUGGAUUCUCAAACAGCUCAGCUUUUCCGUUCGUGCCGGGGAGAAAGUGGGUGUGAUAGGACGAACCGGAGCUGGAAAAAGCAGUUUGGUGGGAGCCCUCAUGAGGGUUGUUGGGAAAGAAGGGACGGAGGGAAAGGUCAAAGUGGAUGGGCUGGAUAUCGAUGAUGUAGGACUUGACACUCUGAGGAAUGGAGUUGGUUUAAUACCGCAAGAGGCAUUCCUGUUCGAGGGCACUGUCAGAGAGAAUCUGGACCCCCUCGAUCAACACAACGAUUCAUACCUCAAUUCGCUUCUCCAUCUCAUCCACACGGAUCCUAUCAUGCCCUCUACUCAAUCGAUGAAGGAGAAGUUCAGGCUGGACGCAUCAGUUGCCGAUGGAGGUAGCAAUUUCAGUGGAGGAGAGAAGCAGCUCUUGGCGUUGAUAAGAGCUCUUGCAAGGGGCACAAAGAUACUUUUGCUCGAUGAAGCCACCUCUUCCGUGGACGGUGAGACUGAUGCGCUCAUCCAAAGGAUAAUUCAGAACCAUUUGAAAGGCGUCACACUCAUCUCUAUUGCACAUCGACUACACACACUCGCGUAUUACGAUCGCAUCAUGGUUCUUGACCAAGGGCGACUGGUAGAGUACGACUCUCCGCUGGUACUUUUCGACAUCAGAGACUCAAUCUUCCGACAACUCUGCGAUAGAGUGAACAUUCGUCGUCAAGAUCUUUUACGUCUUCGACACGACGCGGUAUAUGCGGCUCAAGCUGCACGAGACCAUCAGUCAUUGUAUAACGAUUGGACCUUGGCGGAGCUUUGGGCGCAGAGUGGAGGGUUCAGAAUGUCGCAGUGGUCGCGUUAA